GAACGAAAGGGCCUAACCCAACAAAACAAAACAGACAAAAAACCUCACCUAGGAUCCUAUCUUGACCUACCUGCUGCUAGCUAUGGAGAAGUCGAGAGUAAAACAGGUCAAUAGAUAGAGACCGGCCUGUUUUCUUCACUGUGCAGUUAUUUUUUCAUUGCUGUGAUAAAAGGUCUUAAAAGGCUGAACCAUAUAUCAGAUUACAAGGCUUACCUUUUUUGCAGCAGAACAUUCUGAUAAAUUGUGUUGGUAUCUGGACCUGUAGUCUUACUUUUCAUCAUGGCAAAAAAUGGGGACAAGAUCAAGAUGACUUCAGAUCAAGAUCCUCUUUGCUGUUGUGAAUACAUCAACAUAGAUGGUGAAAGAUCUCACCUAUUGGCAUUAUGCUGUGACUGUGAGGCCAUAGAUGACACAGUAGACAGAUGGCUGAAGGGAGUAGCAGUUCCUGAGUCCAGCUACUCCAAAAUCUGGUCCACCGUGAUGGACCGACUGAGGAUCCCCUGGUCUGGGGGUGCCAGACAGUGCCCCUGGGAAGUCCUUAUCCCAGCAGCAACCGUCCCCCUGCUGAUGCUGUUUGCCUCACUCAGCAUGGCCACAAUGAUGUGCAGUCUUGCAAUCAUUCCUCUCAUCCUGCUGAUAUCAAGGGUGGUGCUGAGACAUCAACCGAAAAGUCUCUUUUAUUACAUUUGGACAUGCUCCUCAUUUUUCACAUUAUUCUAUAUUUUUGAAUUCUAUGUGGUUCCUACGCUACUGAUAUCCUUCUAUGAACACCUUCUAUUUGCCGCUCUGCUUGCAGCUGCUCUUUUGAGCUGGUACCGGGUCCGAUCUCGGCGCGGGUUCUGCCAGCCGUCGUCUGCUGCCGAUGCCGCCGACACCUUCUGCGAGCUGUGCGAGGCGGCCCGGCCCGCCCGCGCCUUCCACUGUGUGCAGUGCGAGCGCUGCGUCCUGCUGCGCGACCACCACUGCGCCUGGCUGGACUGCUGCGUGGGAGGAGCCAACCAGCGUCCGUUCGUGGUCGGCCUGGCGAGCGCGGCGCUGGCGAUGGCGCAGGCGGCGUGGCUGACGGUGGCCUGCGUGUGUCCCGGCCCGCUAACGCCCUGGCUGGUCCUCACCUGUUGGCCCGAUUCCACUGCCGGCGCGGCGGCCCUGUUCGGUGCCCUGUACGCGCUGGUCUGCGCGGUGCUCUGCUCCGCCGUCCUGGCCCACCAGUGCCUGCUCAUCUCUCUGGGCCAGACGGGCUGCGAGCGGCGGCGGCAACUGACGCCGCCCGGACCGCCUGUCGGCCUCCUGGUCAACUGGUACCGCUUUCUGACGGGGCGGGACGAGCCGGCACCGGAACCGGAGCACUGACAUGCGGACACGGCGGGCGGUGGCACCUCCUGCGCCUGAUCUCACACCCAGAGCCGUCCUCAGCAACUGCUCACAGUCACAGCUAUAGUCCGGAGCCGUGGUUCUCCGCAGCUGACGGCAGGUAUACCCCAGAGUCGUCCUGCAGGUGCCGGCAGCUAAAGCACCGAGCAGUACUGUGCUGUUGCUCCUCGUAGUCUCGGUUUGGAGCUGCCAUCCGCAACCAUUAGGCAAGCAGCCUCUCACCGCAGUCGGCGCGGGGCGCCCUUUUGGCAGCUUCUGGCUCCACACCACAACCGCUUCGCGUAGCUACGGACACUAGUCAGCUUUGAGUCAGCCCGUAGCCGCCCUUUGCCGUGUGCACUGUGUAGCUUUUGAUCCCAAGUCUGCCGGCGUCGUCAGUGUUGCGACCGAUAUCGGUGACUAGACCGAUUGCAAGCAAUAGGGUCCACCGCAAGCAAGCAAGCAUUUGACCUCGCCAAGCGCACUUUUUCGUUGGCUGUGUCUUUCAAGGGACUUGUGAUAGAUGUGCCUUAUAUUUAUUAUCUUAUUUACCGUUGAUAUUAUAUGUGAGUGUUUUUGUGACGAGUUACACAUUAGAUUGGUCAGGGAUCAACUGUAGUCAAAUAGCAGAAAUACUCCGUGCUAUGAUAAAUCCGCGAAUUAGGCGGUAUCGAUUUUAUCAUGCGUUCCGGAGAAAGAUUAUAGAAGACGCUCACAUAAUUGUUGCCGUCCUUGUAUUUGUGGGCACGAUUUGAGGGUGAGGAGAUCGCUCCGAAAGUGCGGCUAUUCUGCACCUCACUGCCAGACCGAGCAAUGGUACUGGUGGAGCUCAUGCUUAUUUGAUGCAGUUGCUUGUUUAAUGUGCAUGCCAGUGAAUCCGUUUUGGGAAUCGUGACAUAUCACUAAUGGUGACCAAAGUAAACGACAGCUUAAUAAAUCACGAAAAAACUAAUUGACAC